AUGGUCCGGUCGUUAAUUUGUGGGCUCUCUCAGCAAUGUGUCAAGAUACCUACGUCCCUCGAACAUCUAUUUUCAUCCUGCGAGAAUGGACAACGACAACCGCCACUAGAUUCUCUUCUAGAGGUACUUCGUCACACAAUUCAAGAAUUCCCACAGUCAUAUAUUAUUCUUGAUGCUCUAGAUGAGUGUACCGAUCGUGCCGAGCUGACGGCUAUCCUCGAGCGAAUGGCUGGGUGGAAGCUUGACGAAUCGCAUCUCCUCGUCACAAGCCGAAAAGAACACGAUAUCCAGAGGUCACUGGAGAGUAUCAUAGAUACGCAGAACACCAUCUGCCUUGAAAGCGAGCUUGUCGACAGGGACAUACUCACAUAUGUCCGCCACACAUUGUCCACUGACAAAAGCUUGAGUAAAUGGCAGAAAGACCCUACUAUCAGGGAAGAAAUCGAGUCUGCAUUGAUAAAGGGAGCCCACGGGAUGUUUCGAUGGACUACGUGUCAAAUAGAGACGUUGAGGAAGUGCCGUAAUCGAAUGGCGUUGCGAAAAGCCUUGAAAACACUCCCACAGACGCUGGGUGAGACCUACGAACGAAUUCUUUGCGCUAUCAACGAGGACGACUCUGACUAUGCCAUUCGUAUUCUGCGAUGGCUUGCAUUCUGCCGUCGGCCGCUCCUGAUCGAAGAAAUUGCUGAAGUCAUUGCCAUUGAUGUUGAGCGCAAUCCUGCGUUUAAUAACGACGAAGUACUUGAAGAUCCAUUGGAGGUUUUAAGUAUAUGCUCUAGUCUUGUCACUAUCACCGUAACCGAGGGAUAUUUAUCAACCAAAAGAAUCGUUACCCUAGCUCAUUAUUCGGUUAAGGAGUAUCUUACCACGGAGAAGAUUCUUCACAGCAGAGCAGCGCAAUAUAGUAUACAAGGCAUUGCUUGCAAUAAAUUUAUUGCAAUGGGCUGUAUUAGCUAUCUUCUCCGAUUUCAAGGAUCAGGUCCCUUCCUUGACGCCACGAUCCAGGAGUCAAAGCUUGCUCUAUAUGCAGCAAGGUUCUGGAUCACGCAUACGCAAGCGGCAACGCAGAACGCCGAAGAUUUGAAUCGCCUGAUCAUGGAGCUUUUCUCGACCGAGAAUGGUGCCUACCUAAAUUGGAGUCGGAUAUAUGAUCUAGAUUGGGAUUGGGAAGGACCAGAUUUUGAUAGGACAUUAGCAGAAGUUCCAGCUCCACUUUACAUAGCGUCGUUGAGUGGACUGGCUGAGAUUGCAGAUCUCUUAUUAUUUAAGGCUAGAGCAGACGUCAACGCGCAAGGUGGAAUGUUCGGCACCCCGCUCCAGGCGGCAUCAAUAGGAGGCCACGAUAGGAUUAUUGAGCUACUCCUUAAUAGAGGAGCUAGCUAA